AUGAAAUGGAUGGAAGACUACACCCUUGCUUACAACGCUCGAGCGAACUGGGACCAGAAGUCCUAUGACUGGCACACCUCUGACUUCUCUUUGGUCAAACCUGAUGGCACCGAGUUCACGGACGCGGAAGAAGCAUGGGCUCAAUCAAAGGCCCUCUACACUCCGUUCACGAGCGAAUUCCACGAACCUUAUUUCUUAGUCACCUGGGAGACGGAUGAAGGGUACGAAAUGCUUGGACAGGCUUAUUUGUUCGCAAACUGCGUUGGACAAGCAAGCGAAGGCGAACAGAAGGUCAAGGACGGGCAGGGAAGAGAGUGGGAUGUGAAAAUCCCGGGCGCCUUCAAGUUCCAGUAUGUGAAGAAGGAUAUUGCUGUCCAUGGAGGAUUUGAGAUGCGCAGGGCUGAGAUUAUGAGUGAAUCGAUGCCAGCAGUCCAGAUCUUGAUGAAGAGAGGGGUCAUGAAGUUGUAG